UACCCCUGCCCUCCUAUUUAAAACAAAAAGAAGAAAGAAAUCAGGUUGCAUUGGAUUGGUUUUUCAGCUCUAAAAACUUGGUGGGUUGAACUCCUGACAUUUUAGGACCAUUAGGCGGCUCAGCAGGGGUCAUUUUUAAACCUUCACAGAUGACACUGGGGUUGAGGGUAAAGCAGGAUGAACAUGAGUGAGGAAGUCAUGAAGAGAAAGAAGAAGAAGAGAAGAGAGCACGAGUGUAUCCGGUGUGCCAUGACGUGAUUAGGUGAAAGGAAAGGGUGUGUGUUUGGUUGGAUUAAAGGGUUGGCGAGCGUGUGUGUGUGUGUGUGUGUGAGAGAGAGAGAGACUCGGGCGGAGGGGUGGAGACGCAGGGUGGGGUCACACAGAGGCGGAGGAGAGAAGCGGAGAGCGGAGUGUGAGCCCAGCCCUGAACACGGCAACAAACCCAGCUGCUGGGAGCGACGCCGCGCGCGCACACACACACUCACACAACAAAGCGGAUUAUUACCCUCGUUCCUCUUUAUUAGUAUUAUUAUUAUUUUUGAUGUUUUUCUUUUCCUGCACGGACACACAUCGGGGCCGACAUGAUCAAGGAGAGUCUCUGAGACCGAACCCGAGUGUCGCGUCUUCAUUUUAUUUUUCCUCCUUUAAGCUGGAGGUUAAAAGAACUUGUUAUUGAGCCCCAGCUCCUCUCCCUCUCUCCCUCUCUCUCUCUCCGGCUCCUCUCCGCCCUGAGCACCGCUGCAGCCCAGCCUGGACACCGACAUGCACACGGAGGCUCGCAAUAACAAAUGCAAGCCGAAUCCUGAGAAAUCCAACGCUGCUACCUCAGAGUCCUCCGAGGAGAUGCCAUCCAUACAGAUCAAGCCUGAGCCAGAGGAGGUGGAGUGCACGGUGAAGCAAGAGCCUGAGGACGAUUGCCCAGAGCCGACGGACCUGAAGCUGAAGUCCUCUCCUCCUCCCCUCUGCGUCAUCAGCACCCACCUGCCAGACGCCGACCAGACCGAACCCGUGGACCUCUCCCUCAACAAACCCCGUCCCUCGCUACCGAUCACCGCCACACCUGCCGUGACACCGGUUAACCCUGCCCCGGCGAUGGGCAGCAUCGGCACCAGCGCCACCCUCCCGGCCGUCCUGGCGUCCUCGGGCUCCAUUUUGGCCUCGGCUCAGGGCGUCGGAGGACAACAGAUCCUGCAUGUCAUCCACACCAUCCCCUCAGUGAACGUUUCGGGCAAAGUGGGCCAGCUGCAGACCAUCCCCGUAGUGGUUCAGUCGCUGCCUGUUGUCUAUACGACCAUGCCUGCGGACGGUGUGCCCGCCGCCGCCGCCAUCACCGUACCCCUUAUUGGCACAGACGGCCGCUCCGAAGGGUCAGUGCGGAUUAAACCUGGCUCGACGUCCCCGGUGGAGUACCAGAGUGACAGCGAUGAAAGCGGCACGGAGUCUGGAUCAGCGUCGUUCAGAACGCAGGGCAUGGACAACAGCUUAAACACAGACGUAGACAUCCAGGCAGACCCCGACUCGCCCGACAUGAAGAGACGACGAGUGCACAUGUGCGACUACGACGGCUGCAACAAAGUGUACACCAAAAGCUCUCACCUGAAAGCUCACCGCAGAAUACACACAGGAGAGAAACCAUAUCAGUGUACGUGGGAGGGCUGCACAUGGCGCUUCGCCCGCUCCGACGAGCUGACGCGUCACUUCCGCAAACACACGGGCAUCAAGCCGUUCCGCUGCACUGACUGCGACCGCAGCUUCUCCCGCUCCGACCACCUAGCCCUUCACCGGCGCCGCCACGUCAUGAUGUGACGUGACCUGCGACCGGCUAACGUUUGAACCCUGCCUCCUCUCCCCUCCCCUACUUACUCCUCAGGAGGCUCCACAAACCCCCACGACCCCUAAAAGAAAGGGCUGAGAGAACUGUCAAGCUGUCCCUUCCUUCCUCAGAGUCGCACUCGAUGAAGAAGACGCCGCACGGGAUUCUUAUCAUAAACGAAAACUUAUCAAAAGGACAAAAAAAAUCCGCUCAUCCGUCCAGUCCUCGUUUAUACCAGGUUGCACCGUUUAAUCGCUCGCUUCAGCAGGGACGCCGGACCAGCGAGACCCACGGCUCGUGAACGGACUGAUGGGGGUGAGGGUUUGUCUGACCCGGGCUGAGACGAGCCGAAGCAGAUGAUGGAGAGGACACGAGGGAGAAAUGCUAUGUUUGUAACUCUGAGUUUACAAAGUCUCUUCUAAUCGUUUGAUUUGUAUCUUUUACUCAGAACAUUUGAGUCUUUUAAUUAUUAUUAUUUUCUUUUUGGUUUGCAUGAAUAGAGUUGUUCGAGUGUUCGUUGUAUGUGUGUGCGGCUGAAGGUAAACGUUCACGUGCGUUUUUCUAUUGUUCUUUUUAAACUACCCGCUGUUUUACGAACAAACGUUUAGGGCUUCGCUGUUCCGUCUUUAUCGACGGUCUACCCGGCACCACCAGACAGGUAGAGCGCUAAGACUGUGAAUUUUUCUUAGAUAUAGGAUUUCUCAAAUUGGCUAAUUCUUUUCAUUUUGUUUUUUUUCCAGUUUUUUUCCAGUUUUUUAAAAGAGAGAGAUAAAGAGAGAGAGAGAGAGAGAGAGAACAGAUCAAGGCCUCGCUCCAAGGUUUUCAGCUAGCUAUGAAGUUCCUAAACUUUAUGGAAUUUUGUGCGGAGAUAUCACAUUAUCUACAAAAAAAGAAGAAAAAAAAAAACAAUACAAACAAAAACCAAACACAAAAUAUAUUCGGCUUGGUAACAGUAUUUAUGAUACAUAUAUAGAUAUAAAUAUAAAUAUAUAUUUUUAAAAUCCUUUUAUUUGCGUUCUGCCAGAAAUAACGUUUGAUAUAGUUAUUAUUAUGAUUUCCUGGAUGUGCUUUCUCAUAUGAGGCUGUGAAGAAAAAAAAAAAUUAAACUAGAAAACUAAAAGUUCAUCCAAAUGGGAUUAGGAUAGGAACGUGUGUAUGUGUGUGUGCGUGCAAGUGUGUGUGUUUCUAAGAAACGUAAUCAGAGUUUUAAUAGUAGAUGUGUGUGUGUUCUAGGCACAUAUUGUUCACGCCUUUCAGAGCCUUAAUUGAAGUAAACGUGCAACGCAGUGUGUUUUUUGCGCAUCUCGUUUGUCGGAGUUCCUCAGGGUUCUGGGUUGGGACCCCUAGUAAAGUAAGUAAGGCGACAUUUAUUUAAUUAAAAUAAACAACAUAAACAGUCAGAUUAACAAUUAUUACUUCUUAAAGGAACAGUUUUAGCUCCUGCUUCACUCAAUUAUGCAAAAGUUAGACUCCUUGUUGCGAUGUUUAAUAAAAAUUUUUAAAAAGGAAAAAAAAACAUAGAGCACAGUCCCGUUCAGAGACGAAUAUUUUCUUUUCUUCCUUUUUUCUUGGUUAUUCCCCUGACCUCGUCAAUACUCCUUCGCUAGCACUCGUGGUCACGGUCAUAAUUUCAACAGCUAGCAGACGAUGAAAAGGAGAUGCCUUUUUAACAUUUUUUUUUUCUUCUCAGAAGCUCUAAACGCAGCUUAUUCAAUUCCAGCCUUCGAGAGUUGACUGCAUGUUCGCAAAAAAUGAAAUAAAAAUAAAAUAAAAGAAGAAAAAUAAUAAUAGAAAAAAAAAUCUUUGAUCCAGUGCAAUCUUCAGACGUCAGAUCUAUCGUUCUGUUCUCUUGCUUCAACUCGAAACUUAAGCACAUCUUUGUAGAAAAGUAUAUGCAUUCGAUUGCGAUUUCUUUUUUUCUUUAUUUUGUUCGUUUGUUUUUUAUAAUAAACUGUUCAUAGGCAUACAGACAAUUAUAAAUAAUUAACGAAUACAUGUACAUACUGUAUAUAAUCAAAGUUCUGAAUAAACGUAAUGGGUGGAUUUCUAUUUUUAACACUGACUAGACAAUGUGAAUUUUUCGUUCUUAUUUCCCCCCCUUCGUUAGAUCUAUAUUGUGUUCUUUUUUUUUUUAAAGAAAAAAAAAAGAAAUAUCCUUUUUUAAAAAUCUGAUGUGUUGUAACUCUUUUGUGUUGCAUGGAGAGAAUUUCUUUGUGAAGUUGCUGAGCAUGUCAGCGUGUCAUGUCGGUGCCCUGACAAAUGUGGCCUGUAAGCACUGAUAAUCCAUCCGGCGAUAUUACGUACGUGGCAUUUCUUGUUCAAUUAAAGCCAUUCUUUGCACGUUUAAAAAGAAAAAAAAAAAAACAGCUACUACCUGAUUUUAGUUACGAUCUCUCUUUAUAGUUAGGGACAGGACUAAAACGACGCAAAGGGGACAAAAAAAAAGAAACAAUUUGAACAAAUGAAAUGUGCGUCGUCUCGGUCCUGUGUGACGGAAACGCCAUCAGGAACCUCAAGCAGGAACUUUUGUAGGUGGAUUUUAUUUUUAAAAUUGAUCUCGUUUAUGAUUUGUGUUUUGUUCACUCAUAGUUUACGUCCCGUGACUGAAUUUGCCGUCGUGUACAUCUUUUCCGGCAUGUUUACUCGUUUUUGCUUUGAGUUUGACGGAUUAAAAAAAAGAAAAAAAAAACAUUUGAAAACACGUACACACAUUUUGGUUUUGAUUCGCGUGAGUGUAUGCAAGCGUGUUUCUCAUAAAUUUUAAAUUUUAUUUUAUUCUUUUUUUACUUCUCGUUUUUGGUUUCUUUUAAAGGUCAGAAUCAUAGGUAUUUUAUAUUGAAUGCAGUAACUUAUGGGCCAGUACUAUAUUACUCAGUGCAAUGCAGUUAUCAUUAUAAUAAUACAAGUAAUUAAUGUUAUUUCUUUUGUAUUUGUACAGAACAAAUGUGUAAAGAUCAGUGAGGCGAACACAAGCUUUUUGAUACUGUGAGAAAUGGUGUUAAAAGUCAGUUUCCCCUGUACAGUUGUGAUUAUCUACGCCUUUUAUAGAAUAAAGUGUUUUUUUUGUUCA